GGAGAAGAGAAUCCAGUGUCAGUGAGUCCAGUGACACUGAAAGGCACUCAGGAGUCCCACAGACACAGGCAGGGUCCCCUCAUGGCCAGGCUGGAUCUCAACAUGGAGAGUCAGGAUCCACCCGGGAAGGAAGACAGGGAACUACUCACAGACAGGCAAGAGACACAACUACACAUACCCAGUCCACUCAUGGACAAGCCACCAGGUCAGAAUCCGGUAGGACUGGGAGAAGAGAAUCCAGUGUCAGUGAGUACAGUGACAGUGAAAGGCACUCAGGAGUCCCACAGACACAGGCAGGGUCCCCUCAUGGCCAUGCUGGAUCUCAACAUGGAGAGUCGGGAUCCACCCAGGAAGGAAGACAGACAACUACGCACAGACAGGCAAGAGACACCACUAGACACACCCAGUCUGGGCAUGGACAAGCCACCAGGUCAGAAUCCAGUAAGACUGGGAGAAGAGAAUCCAGUGUCAGUGAGUCCAGUGACACUGAAAGGCACUCAGGAGUCCCACAGACACAGGCAGGGUCACCUCAUAGCCAUGCUGGAAAUCAACAUGGAGAGUCGGGAUCCACCCAGGAAGGAAGACAGGGAACUACACACAGACAGGCAAGAGACACAACUACACAUACCCAGUCCACUCAUGGACAAGCCACCAGGUCAGAAUCCAGUAGGACUGGGAGAAGAGAAUCCAGUGUCAGUGAGUCCAGUGACACUGAAAGGCACUCAGGAGUCCCACAGACACAGGCAGGGUCCCCUCAUGGCCAGGCUGGAUCUCAACAUGGAGAGUCAGGAUCCACCCGGGAAGGAAGACAGGGAACUACACACAGACAGGCAAGAGACACAACUACACAUACCCAGUCCACUCAUGGACAAGCCACCAGGACAGAAUCCACUAGGGCCCGAAGAACGGGAUCUAGCAUCAGUGAGUCCAGUGACACGGAAACGCACUCAGGAGUCCCACAGACAAACAAAGGAUCCGCUCAUGGCCAUGCCAGAUCUCAACAUGGAGAGUUGGGAUCCACCCGGGAAGGAAGACAGGGAUCUACUCACAGACAGCAAGAAGACACCACUAGACAUGCACUGUCUGGUCAUGGACAGGCCACCAACUCAGAAUCCAGUAGGACUGGGAGAAGAGAAUCCAGUGUCAGUGAGUCCAGUGACACUGAAAGGCACUCAGGAGUCCCACAGACACAGGCAGGGUCCCCUCAUGGCCAUGCUGGAUCUCAACAUGGAGAGUCGGGAUCCACCCAGGAAGGAAGACAGACAACUACGCACAGACAGGCAAGAGACACCACUAGACACACCCAGUCUGGGCAUGGACAAGCCACCAGGUCACAAUCCAGUAGGACUGGGAGAAGAGAAUCCAGUGUCAGUGAGUCCAGUGACACUGAAAGGCAUUCAGGAGUCCCACAGUCACAGGCAGGGUCCCCUCAUGGCCAGGCUGGAUCUCAACAUGGAGAGUCGGGAUCCACCCGGGAAGGAAGACAGGGGACUACGCACAGACAGGCAAGAGACACAACUACACAUACCCAGUCCACUCAUGGACAAGCCACCAGGACAGAAUCCAGUAGGACAGGAAGAAAAGGAUCUAGGAGCAGUGAGUCCAGUGACAGGGGAAGGCCUUCAGGAGUCCCACAGACACAGGCAGGGUCCCCUCAUGGCCAUGCUGGAUCUCAACAUGGAGAGUUGGGAUCCACCCGGGAAGGAAGACCAGAAACUACUCACAGACAGCAAGGAGACACCACUAGACAAGCUCAUUCUGGUCUUGGACAGGCCACCAGGACAGAAUCUAGCAGGACCCAAAGAAGCAGAUCCAGUGUCAGUGAAUCGAGUGACAGGGAAAGGCACUCAGGACUCCCACAGACACACACAGGGUCCCCUCAUGGCCAGGCUGGAUCUCAACAUGGAGAGUCGGGAUCCACCCGGGAAGGAAGACAGGGAACUACUCACAGACAGGCAGGAGACACCACUAGACAUACCCAGUCCACUCAUGGACAAGCCACCAGGUCAGAAUCUAGUAGGACUGGGAGAAGAGAAUCCAGUGUCAGUGAGUCCAGUGACACUGAAAGGCACUCAGGAGUCCCACAGUCACAGGCAGGGUCCCCUCAUGGCCAGGCUGGAUCUCAACAUGGAGAGUCGGGAUCCACCUGGGAAGGAAGACAGGGAACUACUCACAGACAGGCAAGAGACACAACUACACAUACCCAGUCCACUCAUGGACAAGCCACCAGGUCAGAAUCCAGUAGGACUGGGAGAAGACAAUCCAGUGUCAGUGAGUCCAGUGACACUGAAAGGCACUCAGGAGUCCCACAGACACAGGCAGGGUCCCCUCAUGGCCAUCCUGGAUUCCAACAGGGAGAGUCAGGAUCCACCCAUGAAGGAAGAUGGGAAACUACUCACAUACAGCAAGGAGAUACCACUAGCCAACCUCAAUCUGGUCAUGGACAGGCCACCAGGACAGAAGCUAGCAGGACCCAAAGAAGCAGAUCCAGUGUCCGUGAAUCAAGUGACAGGGAAAGGCACUCAGGACUCCCACAGACACACACCGAGUCCCCUCAUGGCCAGGCUGGAUCUCAGCAUGAAGAGUCAGGAUCCACCCGGGAAGGAAGACAGGGUACUACUCAAAGACAGCAAAGAGAUACCACUAGACAUGCACUGUCUGGUCAUGGACAGGCCACCAGGUCAGAAUCCAGUAGAACAGGAAGAACAGGAUCUAGGAGCAGUGAGUCCAAUGACAAGGGAAGGCCUUCAGGAGUCCCACAGACACAGGCAGGGUCCCCUCAUGGCCAUGGUGGAUCUCAACAUGCAGAGUCGGGAUCCACCCAGGAAGCAAGACCAGAAACUACUCACAGACAGCAAGGAGACACCACUAGACAAGCUCAUUCUGGUCUUGGACAGGCCACCAGGACAGAAUCUAGCAGGACCCAAAGAAGCAGAUCCAGUGCCAGUGAAUCGAGUGACAGGGAAAGGCACUCAGGACUCCCACAGACACACACAGGGUCCCCUCAUGGCCAGGCUGGAUCUCAACAUGGAGAGUUGGGAUCCACCCGGGAAGGAAGACAGGGAACUACUCACAGACAGGCAGGAGACACCACUAGACAUACCCAGUCCACUCAUGGACAAGCCACCAGGUCAGAAUCUAGUAGGACUGGGAGAAGAGAAUCCAGUGUCAGUGAGUCCAGUGACAGUGAAAGGCACUCAGGAGUCCCACAGACACAGGCAGGGUCCCCUCAUGGCCAUGCUGGAUCUCAACAUGGAGAGUCAGGAUCCACCCAGGAAGGAAGACAGAGAACUAUGCACAGACAGGCAAGAGACACCACUAGACACACCCAGUCUGGGCAUGGACAAGCCACCAGGUCAGAAUCCAGUAGGACUGGGAGAAGAGAAUCCAGUGUCAGUGAGGACAGGGGAAGGCCUUCAGGAGUCUCACAGACACACGCAGCGUCCCCUCAUGGCCAUGCUGGAUCUCAACUUAGUGAGUCAACAUCUACCCAUGAAGGUAGACUGGGAACUACUCACCCACAGACAGGAGACACCACUGGACCUGCUCAGUCUGGUCAUGGACAAGCCACCAGCGCAGAAUCCAGGUGGACUGGAAGAAAGGGAUCUAGUGUGAGUGAGUCCAGCGACACUGAAAGGCACUCAGGUGUGUCACAAGGACACUCAGUUUCUAGUCAUAGGCAUUUUGGUUCUAUCCCCCAAAACACAGUUAGUAAUACAACCAGAAGACAUGGUUCUAGUACUGAAGAGUCAGGAGAUAGUUCUAAACGUUCCAUAAUUGAAGACGGGAAGACUUCAAUUCAUAAGCAACCUAGUUCCAGAAGAUCAG